AUGGAAGAAUAACAGCAAAUUGAAAAUACCAUAAUAGAAGAAAGAUACAAGAAACCUGAUGGAGAGAUUGCAUAUCGUAGAUACUAAAAAGGAAAGGUGUUAGGGAAGGGUGGCUUUGCAAAAUGCUAUGAAGUAACAUGUAUAGAAAGCAAGAAAGUAUUGGCUGCAAAGAUUAUUGCUAAAAGUACUUUAAAGAAAGGUAGAACAAAAGCAAAGGUAUAAAUGUAGAUUAAUAGUAGUUAAUUACUGAAAUAAAGCUUCAUAAAUCACUUCAUCAUUAAAAUAUAGUUUAAUUUGAAGAUGUGUUUGAGGAUAAUGAUAAUGUAUACAUUCUUUUAGAACUAUGUUAAAAUCAAGUAAAUAAAUUUAUUCAAAUUAUUUUAGACAUUGAAUGAGUUAUUAAAGAGAAGGAGAAGAAUAACACAAAUAGAAGUGCAAUGUUACUUAAAAUAAUUGAUAGGAGCAUUAAAAUAUAUUCAUUCUCAUAGAGUUCUUCAUAGAGAUUUGAAGUUAGGAAAUCUAUUUAUAAAUGAUAAGAUGGAAUUGAAAUUAGGAGAUUUUGGUUUAGCUACAAAAUUAGAUUAUGAUGGAUAAAGACGAAUUACUAUAUGUGGGACACCAAAUUAUAUAGCACCUGAAAUAUUAGAUGAUAGAAUGGGACAUUCAUAUUAAGCAGAUAUAUGGUCAGUUGGUGUUAUUAUUUAUACACUGUUAAUAGGUAAACCACCUUUUGAGACAUCAGAUGUUAAGACUACUUAUAAUAAAAUAUCUUAAUGUUAAUUCAAUUUUCCAGAUCAUAUUCAGAUAUCUGAAAAUGCUAAGAAUUUGAUUUCUAGAAUACUUGUACUUGAUCCUUCAAAAAGAUUAACUUUGGAUGAAAUUCUAAGUCAUCCUUUUAUGACAUCAAAUCCAAUUCCUAAAACUACUCAUAUUUCUCAAUUACUUAGUCCACCAACUGCAGCAUGGUUAUCUCAAUAUUCUUAAGCUUCUAUGCUUAAUUCUAAGCAAUUAUAACCUGAAUUAAUAUCAGUCAAAACUACAUCCUAAAUACCUAAGAUGAAUAAUCUAUUUUCUACUCAAAUAAAAAUGUCUUAAGCUGAACGCAUUAAGAGUAUUAAUUAAUUUAAAAUUAUAGCUUUAACAGAAGGUAUUAAUUAUUUAAGUGAAAAUCAAUAGAAAAAUAAAAAAUAAGGAUUGAAUUCUUAGAAUAAUAAUUAAAUUGAAUUAGUAAGUGUUUUAUUAUAACUUAGAGUAAGGAGAAUGAAGUAGUAUAUGUUAUAAAGUGUUGUGAUUAUCAAAGUAAAUAUGGUAUUGGUUAUGUUCUAUCGAAUAAUCAUUCUGGAGUUCUAUUUAAUGAUUCCACAAAAAUUAUAUAAUGCAAUAAAUAAGAAUUCAAUUAUUUUGAUAGAUUUAAUCAAAAUUCAAAUUAUGAAUUUGAAAAUUAUCCACAAGAAUUAAAUAAAAAAGUUACUUUGCUCUAAAAAUUUACAUAAUAUUUAGGUAUUGAUGAAAAUAAUACAAUUUGCAAUUCAUAAAUCUCAACAAUUUUCGUUGAUAAAUUCCUUAAAACAAGAAAUGCUCUACUUCUUAAACUCUCUAAUGGUGUGAUUUAAGCUGAUUUUAUUGAUAAAACUGUUAUUGUCAUCUCAACUAAUGAAAAUAUUCUUUUCGUCAAUGAGAAAGGUGACAAAUUUAGUUAUAAUUUAGAAUAAAUUAAGGAUAAGGAUAAAAUUUAAAGAAGGUAUUUAGUAAUCUAAUUUUUAGGUAUAAUUAUGUAUAACAAUUAAGAAGUGAUUGUUAAUGA